UAUCGUUUUUGUGCAUCCCAUCUUCGCCGGGCGGGAUUUCCGCAAUAAUAUCAAGUAUGGCGAAAACAUACGAUUAUUUGUUUAAAUUACUGCUAAUCGGGGACUCCGGUGUCGGCAAGACCUGUGUCCUCUUCAGGUUUUCAGAAGACGCCUUCAACUCAACGUUUAUCUCAACAAUAGGUAUUGAUUUCAAGAUUAGGACAAUAGAGCUUGAUGGCAAGAAGAUAAAGUUACAGAUAUGGGAUACAGCUGGUCAGGAACGUUUCAGAACAAUCACAACCGCCUACUACAGAGGAGCAAUGGGCAUCAUGCUUGUCUACGACAUCACAAAUGAGAAGUCUUUUGAAAAUAUCAAAAACUGGAUAAGGAACAUAGAGGAACAUGCAUCAUCUGAUGUGGAGAAGAUGGUUCUUGGCAAUAAAUGUGACAUCAAUGACAAGAGGCAGGUGUCCAAAGAUAGGGGAGAAAAGCUUGCACUAGAGUAUGGGAUCAAGUUCAUGGAGACCAGUGCAAAGGCCAACAUCAAUGUGGAAAAUGCAUUUUUGACACUUGCCAGAGACAUCAAAUCAAAGAUGGACACAAAAAUGGAAGCCAACACCCCUCAGGGUGGCAGUCACGGAGUCAAGAUCUCAGAACCACAGAAAAAGACCAGUUUCUUCCGCUGCAGCUUACUCUGAGUACCAAAGCCUUCCAUGCUGGCUACAGGCUGGCCAGACACAAUUUGACUGUGCUUGCUCUCAGAACUUCCUGCUCUUUUUUUUCCUAUUCUUCCCAACCAUGGCCUCUCCCGGUUCAUCCGGUCUGCAAAAACCACUAUUGUCAAUAAGUGGAGGACUUCCCCUCCUCUCUUCCUUUUCUGAUGGCUUCCAGAGGUGCGCCGCUUCCAUAUUUAGAAGAUAACUUGUCUUCGCUUUUCAGAGUUUUUAACUGACAAAUGACUCAAACCCGAACGUGGUCCACGUGUUCUCUGUUACAGAAUCUGGGCGUCUUGUAUUUCUUACAGUCAGUAGCAGAACCAAUGACAAAAGAUACUUACAUCAUUAUAAUAUUUUUGAAUUGGAAUGCAGAAGUGGGGUUUUGAUCCAUUUUUAAUGGCACUCUUUGGGUUGUUGUGUUACAUGUGGCUGAGUAGGGACUGAUGGUCCUGAAAUUCAGUAAGAGUUGCACUUUUCUCAUAUCAGCAGCUGAAGUCAUAUCAAGCUGUAUAAAGUCAAUUCGAAAUCAGUUGGAAGGAUUUUUCAUUUGUUCUCUUUUAAUUUGUUUGUUGUUCUCGACAAUCAUCUGAUGUGACGCCUCUGAUCACUGCCUCCAAACAAUUUUUUUAGCCGUAGAUUUUAAGUUUUGGCAAUAUAUGGUCUGUGUUGUCUCAGUAAGAGGUGGCAUAUCCCUGUAAAGGGUCUCUGAAGUAGUAAACCAUAUAGUCGUAGAGAUGCACUGAUCAGGCUUUUACUGGUCAAAAUCAGUUUCUGGUUUUAUUAAGGUCGGACCUGCUGAUGCCAAUUUUCUUUUUAAAAAAAAUGUAAUGCAGAAAGGAGCCGAAACUGUUCCGCAGGUUCCAUGAUAGAGGUUAAAGCAAUUGUAGAAACAAUAUUGUUCUGUUAGCUAUUUAAGUUUCAUUUUAGGGACACUUCAAAUUAAAAAAAACGGUUGGAAUAGCUGAAGUGGCCUAAACAGAUGCAAUUAUACUCAAGACAGAGUAAUAAACUCUUAUAUAAUACUCUCAGCAGAGAAAAAGAAACAUUCAGUUCUUCAGACUUGAAUUUCAUCACCAUCUACGUUUGAAAGUCCCACAUUCAUGUUGUCAUGGUGCUUUAUACCAUCAUUUGAAAGACUAAUCCCAAAACCCGAAAUCAUCAGAGCUGUUAUCUGCCACACCUAACUUAAAUCUUUAAGAUUAAACCCUAAAAAUCAUUAGGAGAAAAUGUUAUCAGAACAGACGUCUUCAGAUGUUCAAGAGAAAACCAGCUCUACGUUUUACCUCCUUAGGUUAAAUCUGCUUAUAUUAAAGCCUUUCUUUAUAUGGGUAGCUGGUUGAAGGUGAGCUUGAUGCCUUUCAUCAAUGGGCGGAUUACUGUGAAUGACUGAGCAUAAACAGACAUAACAUGUUUUUCUGAAAGAAAAGGGCAGAAAUAGAAUAUUUAAACAUCAUGUUUUAAGUUGGCAGGAGAAUAGGAAGCGCUGCUUUAUUAACUUCCUGUUUAGACCGAGAUGUUUUUGCUUUCUGUGUGGUUUUCUUUAAACAAAAUGGCAGGAACUGCAUUGCUGGUGAUUGAUUUUUGGACAAAGUACAGCAGCCAGCCUGACAGUGUUUUUUGCCAGCAUUCAGCAGUGUAGCAGAUACACCUUCGUCUUUAUCCUCAAAUGUCAAAACUCGUAUUAUAAUCUACAUUGAAAUCUGGAGAUGUGACUCAGAAGAGGUGUUGAACAUUUACAACCCCAGCCACAUUAGUUUUUCAACAGCAAGGUUCCCAAAGUCUGUGGAAGAGAAACGGACCCAGAGCAUCACACAUCCUCCACCGUGCUUAACAGGGAGCAUGAGGUGCAAAAGGUAGAAAGUAUUGAAUUUCCUUACAGCGUUUUCCAGUUCUGGAAAACUACGGAAAGCUGUAAAUGGACUAUGGGGAAAAAUAGUUGUAUUCUCAGACUUUAUUCCCUGUCACAUGAUCUAAAAUUUGUACCCAUUCAACUAUUUGUUGUCCACCAUGCAUCUGUUUAUCCAUCACUUUGUCCAUGCAAUUAUCCAUUCUAUAUUUUAAACCUGACCACAGUAGUAGGAGCCACUGAAAACUCCUAGUAUGCUAAAAUGGUGGACUAAAUUGAAUGUUGAAGUUUAAAUGUUGGAGUCUGGAAAAGUUUGGGAUUUUGGCAUGAAAGGUGCGCAGGAAGUCUGUCCACACCUGCAGUGUUAGUGGCUAAAAUGCUCAAUCUUAGUCUCAUCUGACCAAAGUGCACUGUUCCAGUUAAAGUCCAUGUAGAGCUUCACAUCUUUACGACUGAUGCUAGGACAGAUGAUGCUUAUUUGGCAUGCCUUUAAAAAGCAGCUUUUUGACCUGAAGAUGGUUUUCAUUGUUGUUGUCGAGAUGAUGACCAAAAUAUGCAGAUCUCUCACCCGCUCCAUAAAUGUACUCAACUUAAAGGUUAGAUAUCUCUAAACUGUUCAGUGGAAUUAUUCUACUGCAGUAGAAAACUAGUUUAUGUUACACAUCUUUUUCAUGGGUGUCCUUGGGAAUCAGCUCCAGAUGUCCUUCAAGUUAAAUGACCUCUCUGGUUAUUAGAUGGUUCAGAUGAUCACCACAUGAGUUCACCCAAUUUCCCAUAGAGCUCUCCCAGCACUUUACAAGUAAAUCGUGUUGUCUGUGUAGUCUGUGCCAAGUGAUGGCUUCGCAAUGUAACAACACAGUGUUGAUCUGUUGAGUCUUUGUAUUAUAAAGCCGUGUAAUACCAAAAUUUAACUGGAACAAGUGAUCCACCAUUCUCAUAUUGUAGUCUUUCACUUUGUAGCAUUUGCUUGUAAUUUAUGUAAACUGAUGUAAAUCCAGUAUGUAGGUGUAGAAUAGAGGAGUUUUAAGCUAAAGCCUGCCAAUUUAUUCUAGAAAGGUAAUAUUUCUGCUCUGCUCUCAUCAAAGCAGGUUCAAAUUAAGCUCAUUUCAGAUAUUCAGUUCCAUGUUUAGUUGUAGCCCUCAUGUUUGAUGGCUAGAUGGCUCUAUAGCAGCAGUAUGCCGGUUAGCUAAACCACCUAAACACAUUUGAGUCGCAUUUAAUUAAAUUGAGAAAACAAAAAAAGCAGAGUUAAUUGAAAUAUGUUCUUUUUAAUGUAUUUGCUUCAGUUUCGGCCUUUUCCUUUAUUACCUCGUUUACAUUCCUACAUCAGUUGCUCUUCUGGAAGUUCCUACACCCACAAUAUUUAGAAAGGCAUUUUUCUGGUUUGGUCGAGCCUUUUGUAAGGAUCAAAGAAAAAUCCGGGACCUCAUGAUUACUAGGACCAUUUGUCUUAACUGUCAGCUCUCAUAGCUGAGCUAUGCAUGGUGAAUCUUGGACCUUUACACCCCUACUGUUGGAUUUAUGGGCUUUGUUCCAUAUAAUGUUUAUUUAGUCACUUAUUGAGCCAAAAACAGGUCAUGCUCAUUUGGAAGCUGCUUGUUGAACUAAACUUCUAGCAGGUUUUUUUUUUUAGCAGAGAUGAAACGGCGCUGGUAUGUUGCUUGAGUAGUUUAAGGUGAUAAUAACCAUGGAGAGCAGAUGUUGGACCCAAAAUCUGUACUUUUAUUUUUUUUCAUGGAUUGAUGCUUCUUCUUUUUUUUUUAUUUCACUUCUUCUUAAGAUUCCGGUCACAUGUUGUAAUAAAGCAAACACGUAUCUUUAGCUGUCACGUUUUCAUUGUCUGUUGGGAAAUUUACAGGGAGAUGUUUUGAGCGGGAAAAUAUAUAAAUAUCAUUGAAUAUUGAAAAAUAAAUCUAUAUAAACUGUACUGUACUUUCUAAACCCAUAAGAAAUGUAUCUACAAACUGUAGAUAUGUGUACUUUUGAUUUAAUAAAAAAGAUCUAAAAAUG